GAAGAAAAAUCUUUCAGUAGGCUAAUCUUGACAGUUUCCAUUUUCUAUUGAGAAAGCGGCAGGCCCCAAGAGCACUCCAAUAAGUGCACCGAAAGGGCUGCCGUCCGAUGGGUACACUAUCGACAGGUGUGUCUGGUCUAGUCUAGUGACUCUCUUCCUACCGCUAGGAGUGAAAGACCCUAUUUCACGCCUAUAGACGAAAUCUGUCAUACCCACUCACAUUCUUUCUAGUGAAUAAGCAGCGCCGGGCUUGGUAUGGAUACGUAUCAUCAAAGCUUCGUUUCCUUUGUUCGCCCCGUUCUAGUUCCCUUUUUUGGCUUUAUUUUAGCCCACAUUGAUCAAUAAGAAUAGCAGUCGUAUAGGUUAGCGCUUCCUUGCUUGCAUCCUUUCCUCUCUUUCUUAAUGAAAUAGAUAUAGAUGUCUCGACUGCCGAAUCCGUAUCCUGCAAACAACUCGAUUCUGUUGAUUUACUGUCCAUUUGUCCUUCAACCGGAUUAAUGGUCAACGACUUUGACAGCCUUUCCUUCACACAAGGUUUUGAAUCCCGCUUAGGACAGAAAGUGAGAGCCCGAGUUCACUAUUUAGAUUGAGGCCAUACUCGGAUAGAGAAGCCAGUGAUUAAGUUACUGACUUUCCUGACCAGAGAAAGAAGUAAGCAGAAAGCUCAUCUUCUUUUCUUGGUCUUGCUAUUGACUUAGACCUCGGUACAGAGAGAAUUCAAGAGAUUGAUGAUUGAAGUUCAACAGAAUGUAGGAUAAAGAAAAAGAAGUAGUUAAGGAUGGAAUUCGUUUUGGUCAGAAGUCGUAUGCCAAAGUAUGGUUGCAGAGCAGUCUUGAAUUGAUUGACUCGAAGCGAGUCAAAGGUUGCUGGUUUUGUUCCAGCUUUGUCAGAUUAGGUAGGCAAGCAACAAAUCUCAAGCAAGCUUUGUUGAAUCCCGCAGUCUGGCAGAGAUGAAGACUUCGAAAUUGACUUAAACGUCCUGGUAAUACUAAUUUCAAUGACAUAUUUUGCAAUCAUAUGAGGAUGAGUUUUCUUUUCGGUUCAUGGUCCGGUGAGAUUGAGGUUUUAGUUAGACGUAACCAAGUUAAACGGACUUGCUUCCAAAGGCCUUACCUUACAGCUGCUAGUAAGAUUUGUAACUUACAGGGGAGCUACUGAGAAAGUCAAGUCUCAAGUCAACGGAAAGAGAAUUUGGAUUCUACUGAGCAGGAUAAAGCGGCAUACAAUACAAAAGGAGCUCUAAAGUAGUCCAAGGUAAAGGCGUAGAUCCGUAAUAAGUCUAUUCAGUAUUGGAUUGAAUUCCUCUAUUUCUAUUUCAUUCAUCACAGGGUCAGAAGCAGAUCGAAUUCUUUGUCUGGUUAUUAGUCUUAUCGAGGAGAGUGAAUUGACUUCCAGGGUCAGUCACGAACUAUAUUCAAUAGCUAUUGACUCAAACGCUGGGAUUGGAAUGCUUGACUUGCUUUCAAAGCCUUUCUAGGCUAACUCUUCACUAGGCUAGCGAAGGAACUUACAUUAGGGCAACAACUCCUGACUCGAGGGGGUAUGGAAUGACUUAUAUAAUAUAAGAGAUCUCUCUUAGGAUACCCCACGGAGAGGGAAGAAGGCUAGUUAAUCAGCUUCGGGAAAGAAGGAAGCAAGCGUUCCAAGCGAAGCAAAGGAGCCAAGCCUAUUGAUUCACCUGAGGACGGUUGCUAGCACGACUUAUGGCUUUCUAAUCUCUUUCUUUCCCCUCGCUUGAGAGCUUUCAGUUUAUGAAGGUGAUCCAUAAAUAAUGGAAUUCGAUGCAGCUUCGAAGAUGCUCUUUCCCUAACGAGUCCCCUAUACAUCCUGAUCGCUUUCAACUUCCAGACUUUCUUACUUUCUUUCAACUCAAUCACAGUACGGGCUUGUAUCCAAAGAGAAUGACUUAAGUCUUUCUCCUCUCAAUCACCUCCUACAAGUAUCCUGAUGUGUGAACGGAUUUAUCAAUCUAUAAAUAAAAGAAGGUCGGGCUUUCGUAGCAAUAGAAUGAGUUACCUCGGGAUUCUCAAUCUUAGGAAUCCGCAACUCUUUCUAAGACUAGGCCUGCCUUAGCGUAAGCCUUUAGAGUGAGUAGCUUUUUAGUUACGGUUCUUGUUUGCUACCAAUUGGGUGUUGAAAUGGAUCAGCCUAGGGAAGAUCAAUUGGAUCUCUUAGCCGUAAACAUCUUCUCUUAGAAGAAAUUCCUCAGUCUUCCCUACUGUUCCUGUGAGGAGGCGGUAGUUGGAUGAGAUUUUAUAGUAUCUUAUCGGACAAUGGAGAUGAUUUGAUUCUAUGGCAUUUCGUCCUUCGUAGCUGAUUCAAUAGCAAUAGUCAGUUCACGGAUCAAGUAGAAUCUUAUCUUUUCAAUGGUAUAUCCUCAGAUAGAAGAAGGAAAGGAUUACCUUCAACGGCAUUUACUCAUCAGUAGCGAUCAGAUGAAACUCUUUCCUCACUAACUUACUACAGAGCCAGAUAAGAUACAGGAUAUGGUAGAUCUGGGGAUUGGCAGUGAAUCCAUGGGAGGAGAUUUCCGGCGAAUAGGUCCUAAGCCGCGCCCAGGCUUAUUGGAUUGAUUUCAAGUUAAGUUUUUCUGGAUGUUGGAAUGGAUGAAACGGAGGGGAAUAGGCUGAGAAGCCAAAAUUAACUAAUGAAGAAGAGUAAGAGUGAAGCUAGAAUUCUUGCCUGCUGCUCAAUCUACCGAAGGUAAUAAUACAAAAAAAGACUUCUGAAAGGGAGGAUUCUCCGUCAGGAACGGUUAAUAUAGGAGCGAAAUCCGAAAUAGCUAUCUUUCGUUCUCUUGUUCGCUAGAGGCUCUAAAAGGCCAAUCUGCAAUAUGAUGCCAGAAAAAGCAGUUUUCAACUAUUGAGAUCGAUGUCCGCUCCUAGAAGUAGAGCUCAAACCUAACUCUAUCAAGUCAGUUAUAAAUUCCUCUUCUUUCCAGUCGAGCAUCUUCAAACUUACUGCAGGAUUGGAUUAUCUUCUACGGCUGCUACUUCGCUUCGUCCUUAAGGCCAAGCUUAAAAGUGGCUUUCUUCUUUCAAACUUAGAGUUAGGCGCGUAAGGAAGUCCAUCAAGGACAGAAUAUAAGGCUUACAGGUCGACUAAAGUUAAUAAAGACAUGAGUCUUCUUCCAUACUCCAUAUACAGCUUAUGGCUCUACUGAAAGACUGAAAAGUCCAUUACUUCAUAUAUUAAUAUGGCUUACGGGUGAAUCUACUAGAAGAGCUCAAUUGCUAUCUUUUUGGCUGUUGUGCGCGAUAGGUCAUUCUAAGGCUUCAUUUAUUCUAGCAGCUAAAGCCCAUACAUCACAGAUAGUACCAUACAGCACAGAAGGAAAGCUUGGCAUCUGAUAGCGUUCGUGCCUUAUCCCGUUGAUGAACCCUGGUAACAUACUGAGGCUAUGACAGCCUCUGAUCGGACUAGUCCCAUUGAAUCACAUCCCAAGCCCAUUUCAUCUAUUCCCGGGGAUUCCCUUCUAUAGGCCUAGUCAGACAAUAUUAAGACUGACAGGAUUUAUAAAAUAAGCUCGAGACAUGCAAGUAUAACAGGAAGUUAUAAGCAUUGGCGAUCUGCAACUAAUAAGGCGGCUAUUAUCAGGCCUUUGAUGGCUUCUCUUUCUCCGUAAACUGUAACAUCAAUUCUUACUUUCUUUUCGGAUUGAAAGAACGUGAUAAAUGAAAUUUCAUCCUGUCGGGAUUGUAUCAACACAAAAUCUAACUAACUUGUUUCUCAAGCUAUAAGUCUUAUAUUUUUCUGGCUUCUGACUGAUUAAUGCUAUAGUCUUCGGUAGCUCUGACUUAGACUUCUUUGCUCUUUCUUCCUUAGCAAAGAGGAACCCAAACCUAUCUGAGGUCAAGCCCUGUAACUUCUAAUCCUACUUCUCAUACUACCUUAAGACUCAGGCUUGUACCUGCUAGCCCGUAUACCUGAGAGGAGGAAGUCCGAGACUCUCCUUAGGAUUUACCCGCUAACUAAAUAGAAUGAACUCUUCAGGACUGACGUGUAACUCUAAAUCAAACAGAGUUGAGAAAAGAAGAGGCUUUCAGAGCCCAUUGCUACUUCCGAAGUAACUUAGCCCGUUAAGAUAGAGUUAGAGCCGGACAGAAGACGUAGCUACCAAGAGCCGGAGAGUCCCUGAGGAGAAGAGAGGACGCUUUCUCCGAGCCUAUUGAGAUGUUAGCUGCUAAAGGAGUUUACUAAGGCUGCAACUUCCUAUGCUGCUGUAAGGCCUUGAAAAGAGUAAGAAAGACGAAUCUAUGCAUAAUUAGGAAUUUCAAUUAGUCUUCCUCAGGCCUUGCCUCAUAAGUAGCUUCUUCUUUUCUACGUAAUUUCCUCAGUAAUACUGACGGUGGAAGAUAAGGCUUUCGGAAUUGAUUAUUAGGGCGUGGUAAUAGAUUAAAGAGGUAUUGGAAAAUCUUACCACGGAAGGAAGAGAUAAGGAAUCCCUAGCUUUUGGAAGUGAAGAAGCGGAUAAAGUAGAAGAAAAUCUGCUACGGCAAAAGUCAGACUUAUGGGGGAAAGGAGAGAAUAGGCUUUCAGAUAGGUUGCUUUUCCUUCUGACUGAUUAAUGCUUUCGUAAGUCAAUAGAAAACGGAUGCUAGCAUGCUCAACCUUAUCAUUCACAGGACGGGAUUCCUAAAUCCAUCUUACUUGUUGCUCGGGUUAUGACUUAGACUUCAUUCCUGAUGCUGACUUCGUCAUGCUCCAGCUUUCUAAGUCUGCUCCUUCGAUUUAUUUUAUUAAUGGCUCUAAUUUCAUGUUUGAGGAGUUCAGUGAGCAAUCCAAUUUUGGCAGUAAGACUAUCAAUAUAUCAUGUCAACAAAGAAAACUUAGAACUUCUCACCUCAUUCUAAGGAUGGGAUUGCAACUAAAGAGAAUGAGCUAUCUCCAGAUUAUAGACCAUUUCUCGCUUUCAGCUAUCCUUUAUAAAGUAGCAUUUCUUUCCAGGCUUGCAACUCUCUUUCCCACCUUUUUAAUAGAUGCAUUAAGGACUUAUAGUUAGAUAUAGGAUGCUAGCUGGUCUGUCCUCAGGGAGGGCUUGAACAAAAAUAGAAACUAUAGGAUAGGUUUGAAACUAAUGAGAUCGAAGUUUGCACCUUUUCUUUCCUCAGUAAAUUCCUAGGGGGAAGAGAGUAAGGAAAGCAAAACAAACAGAUAGGGAUAGCUGAAAGCUAAACUAAAGUCUAUUAUUAAGUUGAAGUUAUAGUGGAGUAAAGAUAAGCCGUAGAAUCGAAAGAAUCGAAGAAGCUACUUGACCUUGCAGGGCUGACUAUCAUUCCAGAUGGCGAUAAAAAAGGAUAGUCUCAAGUCAUGCCUCUGAUCUCUAUUCCAGCUUCUUAUCUAGGCUUCCUUACCGGGUAAUCUAUUCCCAUUCCCAGGGCAGAUAAAAAAAAAAGUCAAGAAAGAAGUCUUAACGUGUUCGUGUCUUCCGAGGAAUAGAAGAUAAGAUUCUCCUUUCCUGUAUCUGCUAACUGAUCAGUUGGCUCUGACUGCCUCUUCACUGACUAUUCCCCGGGAAGUUAGGGACGAAGUAGCAGAAGUUGCAGCCGUAAAAGCCUUAGAAAGUAGUGCAAGGAUUGACUGAAAACAUCCUAUAUUGGAGUGGACUUAGGGCUUUCGGCGAAUGAGGAAAUAUUGAGGUUUGACUUAGCCGUCAAGCUAGCUAUUGAGCUAUUCACGUAUGACGCUCCAUGGUAAGGUAAUCCGAUCCUUUAUCAGCUAGAGGCAAAGCAUCAGUAGAAAGAAGCAAAUUAACUACUUCGCAGGAGAAGCCUGAAAAUGGAGUCCUGGACUCUAUAGUAGCUGAUUUGAAGUAUGUCAUUUCCCUUCCUUCAUCACAUCUGAGAGUUAAGUCAGUCAGAAUUGAUGUUGUAGAUUAAGACUGAUCUGUAGACUGAGACGUCCGGAUUUCAGUCUUUCUUUACUUAUUCUAGGGCCAAGCCCAAUAUAACUAAUAUAUCUAUUUAUAUCUGCCUGUAUAUGAACCCCCCUGGUAAGAUACUUAUGAAUCUCCUCAAAAGGACUAAAGCUAAGCCAGCAGUUGCAGUUCUGUCUGACUAUUCAGAAGCUGAUGUCACUAGUCCCGCCUCUCUUGACUCAUCUUUCUUGCUUUUUAUGCUUUCGCCUGCUUUCUCUUCAAAGGAAGUAAGGAGUCUUAGUGCAUUCGCGUCUCACAUCAUAUGGGAGAUUCUCACAUUCAUCUCAUCCAAAGCCGGUGAAUCCAUUCUUCAACCCGUUGAUUCCUUUGAUUGAGCAGCUGUCAAAAGGCAUUCGCAUCUUCUUUCAAUUCAAUCUUGAGAGAUGAAACUUGGUGGUCCACUAGGGCUUACUAAUUUUAUUUACUUAGACGGGAUCUACUGAUAAAGAAGAAAGACCUCUUGAAGCCUUUGUGACCGAUAAGACCGCGGUCACCGCACUCUCCAUAGGGAAGUGUUGAGGUCGGAUAAGUUUCUCUCCACCAAGUCCAAUCUUUAGGAAAAGCGUAAUGAAAAAAAACCAAGAACCUAAACCAUUAGAGGGCUCGGAUCUCAAUUGCCCAGUGAUUCCAUUCCAUAACUUAAAAGGUAGGAAAGACAGUAGUUAGAAAGUAAAGCAUUGAUCCCUAGAAAUUCAGGAGCAGCAAAUCAGUCAUAGGAAGAAGCCAAAGCGGAAAUAUGAAAUGAAAGCUUUCGACUCCGCUGGAUCUCGUAUUGAUUUCUUCCAAGUCUAAAUUGCGUAUAUUAGAGGCGUCGAUUCAAUGGAAGUCUAAUCCGCUACUUCUUCUGCUAAGCUAGGCAAAGGAGUAAGAAUAAUGAAAGGAGGAGCUAAGUCAUUCUACAAGCCGUGAUGCUUUCAUCUUUCUUAGUCUUUACACGACCUUACCUAGGAAAGGUUAUUGAAAGCUAGGAGUCAGUUUGAUAUUCUAAUAAUCCCAUCCCGAUCCGCUGUGAUUGAGUAUAAUGCAUUGGCAAAGGCAGCUAGGUAAGAAUAGCGCUUGAAGAGCUAUAGACGUUAUAGUAUAGCCUACAUGGUAGGAUUAAGUGUUAGGCGGAAAUCUCAUAUUCACAAAGAGUUAGGUCUCUAUCCCUGAACAGACUGAGUUCAAGAAGUGAGAAAAUUUCCCGCCGGCCCUCUUUUGAGGUCGAGACCAAGCAGGGGAAAGUGCCUUCUUAUCUUGAGUAGUGGGGAAAAAGCUUACAUUUGUUGAAUUAGGGGCCUCUUGAACAGCCAUUCACUUUCACUGGCUUAUCUGCCCUUCUAACGGAAGAAUCUCCUGGCCUUACUGGCAUGACUGGAAUUUUACUAUCUGUCUGCACCUUAGUUUGGUACUAGUGGACUAUUCAAUUCUAACUGACCUGACAUUUCGAUCAAAGUUUCCUAUAGUAUGAUCCUAGGGGAACCCCUUUUUUACUAAAAAGAGGAAAGCAUAUGACGUAAAAGACAAGUCAAGCAUAAUCUAACUUUUGCUAAACGAGAGCUCCUAUGUUCGGCUCUGUUCUUAUUCUUGUUAUCUUCCUUUUUUCUUUUUCACUUUCCUUCCACCAGAUUGAAACUUACCUCUCACAAUCCACUUAAGAAGGCAGUUAGAGGAACGACAAGAUAGCAAGCGAUAUCGCUGUUCAUAGUGAACAAUCUAUGCUUCUCUAUCAACCUAGCCUGGAAUUAUUGCAGUGACUCUGUUCCGGUUCUAUAUGCCAGAUCUCUCUAUCUGCUUGGUUCAUUGUAAAAAAAAGCCUUUCCGAGUGAACUUCGCCCUUAACUUGAAGGCUAAGCAGCCUUUUUUUUCGCUUUGUCUUUUUCCUAUCUUCUCUCUUCAAUUGCCGAGACCCAUACAUACAAAGGUCUAGGUAGCUCAUCUCCUUCUUCAACUCCAUCCCCGUAAGCUGAAGGAAGGACGGGAUUAAUUGAACUCAGUCUGACUUGUUCCCUGGGAUUGGAUGUCUUUUGCCAAGUGAAUUAGAGAGGCGGAUCCUCUUUGUACGCUAUUUGCCUAUCUUUCUUUUUGUGUGGGUGCCACAGAAUGGGCGAACAUCACCAGAGAGCAGGGCCAGAUCUUGAUGUAGAUAGGAGUUUUCAAGCUGAGGGGGCUGACAAUUCUGUUGGUGUGAAGUGAGCUCUAAGCCUAUCACUAUCAGCUCUUGGCUUAUUCUAAGCUGUUACAUUCAUAUGUAAGAGUUAUAAACUUUUUGUAGUCCUUAUGCUAAUAUUAUUUAUCUGAGCAAACUCAAUUCUUGAAAGAAAUUACAUAGAUAGAGCAGUACGCUCUGAUCUUGACAGCUUUCAUUUUCGAUUGAAAAAGUGGCAGACCUAAACUCCAAUAGUGCACCGAAAUGGGGUCGGAGAGUCGGUAAUCUUAGAUUGGCUAAGAUCGAAUGGAACUGUCUUUGAGGAAAGAGAGAUAUAGAAAGUGUGCAGUGAUUGAAUUGUAGUCAGUCUUCACUUAACUCGACCGCCUUUCGACUCCCAUGUUUUUCUUUGGUCAACAACAAAGCACAUCUCCGUUUUGUUCUUCAUUCACAACUCCUACAGGCUUGCUUUUAACCAUACCUGGUUCAGUCUGUAUGGAGGGAAUUUCUUUUGUCUGAAUCAAUCAUGCCUCAACUGGAUCAAUUCACUUAUUUCACACAAUUCUUCUGGUUCUGCCUUUUCCUCUUUACUUUCUAUAUUCCCAUGUGCAAUGAUAGAGAUGGAGUACUUAGGAUCAGCAUAAUUCUAAAACAACGGAACCAACAGGUUUCAAACCAGGGGAACAAAAUCCGGAGCAACGACCCCAACAGUUUGGAAGAUAUCUUGAGAAAAGGUUUUAGCACCGGUGGAUCCUAUAUGUACUCUAGUUUAUUCGAAGUAUCCCAAUGGUGUAACGCCGUCGACUUAAAGGGAAAAAGGAGGAAAAUAACUUAUAUCUCUUGUGUCGGAGAAAUAAGUGGCUCACGAGGAAUGGAAAGAAACAUAUUCUAUUUGAUCUCGAAGUCCUCAUAUGGCGCUUCUUCUUCCAAUCCUGGAUGGAGGAUCACUUGUAGGAAUGACAUAAUGCUAAUCCAUGUUCCACACGGCCAAGGAAGAAUCAAAAAAUAAGAAAGGUUAUCGAGAUUCUCAAUCGCUCUUUUAGUAGAUAGUGGGAAAUGGGGCUCCCAGGCCCCCCAUGCUGCCAGACUUGAAUGAGCCCUUGCUCCCCGAUUUGAACCAACCGCUCGAACCACCAGAGGAACCCUAUCAACCAAUCUUUCCUCUGGUUGGAAGUCUUUCCGGGGAAGACCAACGAGCAGUUGACCGCCUAAUUUCACUAGAAAAUCUCCUUGUCGUAAAGGCGACGCACAUGUUGCGUUCGCUUCAUUAUACGCCCAUCGAUUCUGAUGUUAAGUUUGUGCUAUCGGCUUUUCUAGUUGAUUAUCCAUCUAGUGAUGCCUACCAAAGCCUACUCCCACACUUUCUUCCUAUGGAACCCCCAUCCCCUAUCUUUCUACAAUUCUGAGAGGAUUGGGAAGCCUUUAUAACACCAACAUCCACAGAUUUCCUUUCAAAUAGAAUAUUUUUUUGGGGGGGUUCCUUAAGGGAGGGGGCAGGGCUUUAGAGGAGGAGUGAGGACCCGACUAAUGGGAAUCAAGACCCCUAUCUCAUAGGGGACCCUCUUGGAAAAAUCUUUCUUUCUUGAUGAAUGAUAUGGUUUUCCAUAAAUCGAUAUGAAUGGAGGAUGCCUCUUGAACUUCUUAAUCCAAGUUCCAGUGGUGGGCAGUCGGUGCGCUCUUUCUUGAUUAACUUGGGUAAAAAUGUCCGGAUGAACUACAUAUGGUCUGAUACCUAUCUUCUUGUUGAGUUGGAGUGGUAGGUUAUGUAGGCGCUCGAAAUUGCUUCUCACUAGACAAGAUGGUACAGCAAUGAGGGUUCGACCCAUUUCUAUUUCCGGCAAAAAAGAAAAGAAAGUUGCAGACCUGCUUACAUUAUACAUUUUAUUUUUUUUUAGAGUGAAGUGAGCUCAUUCAGACAGGGAGGGCGCACGAACGGAAGGAUAAAACUGUCUUAAUUAAACCCUUAGGAGAGUGCAGUGAACAAGCAAGGAUACAGAAUGAGAUAAGACAGUUACCGAACAAUAAACCUUAUAUGAAGUACUGAAUGAGUACUAAGAGUGAGACAGAAACCUAUCAAGUUACCCACUUCCAUCAGAAAAUCUACGGUGUGGUGUAGUGUAGCAAUGCAUUGGAAGUAUGGGUACUCUAAUCCCAAGGGCAAUCUUCGUGAGCUUGUUAUUGUAGGGAUUCCAAUUUGGACUCCAUCUCUGAGUAGCAAUACAGUGCCCAGCAACAACCCAUGGACCAUCGUUAAGUAUCUUUUGACGCAGUUGUUUUUCCUCUGUUCUAAUAACAUAAUAACAUAGUAGUUUAAAGGAAGAUCCAUAAGCUCGAAAUCUGGUGCACCCCAAAGCCAUAAUCGUCUAUCUUUCAGCUCAUAAAGAUAGAAUCGUCUACCUAGUGGUUUAAUGACAAUGGCAUCCUAGGCAUAUUUGCUUCCAUCUUUCAUCUGGAAUAUCAAUUCUGGGCUGCUUCUCUAUUCUUUUCUUUUGUUUCUCUGUAUAUACUGGAGCCAUAGCCUUCUCUUCUUCCAACCAGUUGAAGUCUUUGUCAACUUCCAUUGGUUCAUGCCCCAGAAGUGAAGCACGAUAUGAGAUUUGCGUUGGCUUACCCUUCUCAUAGGGCUUUAUGUUCUGCUGCCUGAGUUUUCUCUUGACUGUUCUCACUUGUAUUCUCCUCAUUCACCGUACUCUGUUCUUUCAUAGGAGUGGUCGUUGGUUUCAGAGGCACUCGAGAGCUUCUCUCACUAACUUUCUCUCUCCCUUGGUGGAUUCUUAUUCAUUUCUUCUUUUUAUGAACAAUCACCGCCGUUGGAAUUGUUUAUAACCAAACAGCUUCAUUGUUGCUGUCAGCUUGCCAAACCAGACACGUAGAGAUUGCUUCAGCCCGUACAAUGACUUUCGCAGCUUACAAACUAGAUUUCCACUCAUGGAUUCAUAUCCAGCUCCAGGUGGCAGAUCCAUAUACACUUCCUUCUCCAGGUCUCCGUUGAGAAAAGCAUUCAGAACAUCUGGCUGCAUUAGAGGCCAGCUUCAAUUCACAGCUAGGGGGAGCAGUAUUCGAAAGGUAUUAAUCUUUUCUACCGGUGCGAAUGUCUCAUCAUAGUCUUCACCGUACUUCUGGGUGUAGCCCUUAGCAACUAACCGGGCCUUAUAUUUAACUGAGUACCAUUUGAUGAGUAACUGAGAACAAGGGGGAGGGAUGUAGGGUACCCUAAAAGUCUUUCCUCUCGCUUCGCUCGAGACCUAAAGCCCUUCGCCACUGCUUUUGUUUUUAAUAUAGUUGCAAGUGAGUCGACGGAUAGGGAAAAUUCUAUUACACUGGCGAUAUCAUUAGUAUUCCCUGUCUGUAAGGAAAGCAAAGAAAAGGUCACAGUACCUCGCUCUUCUCUCUAUCAUAGAAAGAAAGAUCUCCCCAGGUAAUGAGAAGCCCUAAGUAAGUAGCUGUCUAAGAAGAGUAGGAACCCUCAGGAUUAGAAUAAAAGGGAGUGAGCUUAAUCCUCAAGCAAGAGGUCUCGGAUCCAACUCGUGAGAAUGGAGGUGAAGCUUGAAAGCUGAAGCAAGGCUUCCUUGCCCGGUAGCUUCGCCCGUAUCCCAAUCAAUCCAACCGAUCCUGAUGCUGAAUUUCCUCAAUUCCAUCGCUCCCUUCCUUCUCCUUCGAUCAAAGCUAUACCUGUUCCGUCGGUGAAAAGAACUACCAUUACCCUAGCCUAGCUACAAGCUUUUCAAGUUGUGGGUUAAAUGGUGCAAGUUUACUGAGGAUUGGGAGGACGGCUAUUAGCAGCAGAGACCCUUUAGCCCCAUUCAAGCAACUCUUUGCUCGUAUUGAACUAUCACCUCAAUGAAGCAUAAGCAGUCCUUCUUAGGUCCUGUUGCAGUUUCAAUUGCUUCAAUUUCGCUCCUCUUCACAGAACACCUUGGCAGUCCAGCAUUUGCCUUCCCCGUUGUGGAUUGCGUCAACCAACCCAGUGUAAUUAAAGUUCUUGAUCACAUUGUAUGGCCCAUCAUGGAUUGAUUUCAACUUCCAUGGUGUAUCCACCAUUGUUUAUCAGGAUUUUCAAUUCCUCUGUCCACAUCGCAGCAUUGUGGAUACAUCCCGAGCAUUCACCUGGAAACUUCCAGCGCCUAUGCAAGCAAUCACUCGCUUCUCAGGAAAAGCCAGUGCAUAACCAAGUGUUGCACCAACAGACCAUCCGAUUGAUCCAUAUUGCAUUUGGAACUCAUACCCACAACUCUUUGGCAGCUUCAGCUUCUGGCAGUUAAACCAUGAAUACCCUGUCUCAGCAAUUACAGCGGAUUCACUAGACAGCAUUUUUUGUAUAUGUUGAAACAGAACAUUAACCCUCAAAGGUUGGUUCCUUAGGUGCAGCCUUCAAUGGUUGGCCCUUCAGGAACAUAUAUCCUGUGGUAGUUUUCGUAAGAAGGAAGUUUCGUUAUGCUUGAGUCGCUUAGCUAGCGCCCCUAGGAAAUACCUCAUCAGCACACACCCAAAAGCGGGGCCAUUACCAAUCACAACUCGUUCGGGCUUCACAAUGAUCGCUUUGUCUUUCUUGAGAAGAUGUGAAUACCCCACAGAGCAGUAAUCAUUGAAGAUAGGUCUGGCGAACAAGUAUGCAUCAGCAGAUUCCACAAUUUCGGCACAGAAAGCAGUACUCACAGCACCCCUGUAAGUUCCAAUGAAGUGGGGAUGGUUGGUGCUCCGGAACAAGUCCUUUAGCUGAUGGCAUCAGAGCCAGUGCAUAACCAGAAGCAUCAGCUAGUUCCAUAAGGGUCUGAUGAUCUGUUAAGAUGUGAUCAACCCCAACCAAAGGAGAUUCACUAGACUCGGCCAGGGAUGAAGGUAAAGCCUGGACAAUUCAACCACCCAGUCAUAUACCUGAAACAUGACACAAAACCUAAAAGAAAGUAAGUAGACAAGUCUACUUUAGGAGUGUACCAUGUUCGGCAAUAAACUGGAGGGUCUAUGAAAGCCUCCAAGCUAACUGCUUGGUCAAGUGCGACAGCACAAUACCAGUGCGGGUACUUCAGAUACUGCCUCAUCCACCCUUGGUACAGAGACCAUUCUAAGAAGUCUCCCCACCAAUAGGGUAUGGGCAAUCUUUCAUUUGUUGAAAGAAUGCCGAACGGGAACGCUGAGAAAAAGCUCUUUGCAUACGCCUUCUUCCUCCCCUACUUCUCUUUCUCCAAUAGACCCUUUUCCUCACUGACUAGGGGAUGAAUCUCUAGACAAAAAAGCUGUUCUAUAAAACACUGCUGCCACUUCCUUUUCUACCGGCUUCCUUCAGUUCUAAAGUCAAUCAAGAGGCGUUGAGUGAAGAACAGUUAAGUAGUGAAUUCCCUUAUUUCCCGCUUGUUAGCAACUUCAGUCUCAGUUCUAAUAUCAACCUGAGUAGGAUGAAUAUUCAUAUCUGGUUUGGAAGUUUUAUCUAGUAGCUCACUGUAGCUGUAGGAGCGGGCCAACGAAGCUCUGUCUCAAAGAAAGGAAGUAGCGCAGAAAGCUCAAAUAAAGGAGGGGAAAGCUUUCUAUCGCUUUACAUCUAUCAUAGAUAGGAGAUCCAUGAAUCUAUGUAAAGCUCAGUACUGAGUUCAAGGGAUGAUGGAAUUUUAUAAGACGGAGCCCUUCCACAUGAGAUGAUGUAGACUUCAAAUAAAGUCAAUACAGUCUUUCGGACACUUUCAUUAAAGUGAGACCUUGGAGGGGCUAGGCGUAAAAAGCUUACAGAGUGAGGGAUUUGCAUUUCCUUUUGUUAUGAGGUUCUUGGUAGAGAGUUACCGCUAGGUGAAGAUAAGGAUCGCGCUUUCCUAACUCCUUCUUAGGAUGAUCUUUCUACUUUCUCGAGUUGAAGUUCGAUUUAGGAAAGCCUAGCCUGUUAAUAGAGCUUCCCUAUGGAAGGAAGAUAGUGAAAGGCAACAUAAAUAGAGCAUGGAAUCCCUUUUUCUAUGGUUUCCUGCUAUCGAAAGAUGUAGUGUAGUGAAUUCACUUUCUAAAGGGAGUAAGUUAAUUGAUCCUGACUUUGUAUUAGCUUGCUAUUCCGAUCGCCUUAUAGAACUUAGGAACUCCUCCACUCCAGAUAGACUGAAUUUCUUUCUUGAUUGGUCCUAUUUUAUUUGCCUAUGCCAUGACUUAUCUUAUAGGCUGCCAGAAAUGUGGUUUUAGACUCUAGACUUUCUAAGUAAGAGCCAAGGCCAAUAGAAUGGAUGACAGAUAACAGAGGAAAGAGAUGUAGGAAUCAAAACGGAUACUGUACUCUAGAGGAAGGUUUGUCAGUAUCUAUCCUUACUUUUUUGAGAUUCGGAAAUUAAGACAAGUCUCCUCUCAUUUGCCUUUAUUAUAUGCCUGGACAACCUCUAGAACCCCAGGACUAGAAGCAAUGGCUUCCGAUUAGAGCAAAUGCCCCAAAAGCAUACUAGCCAUUGAUGUAAGAAAUCAUGUAACUACCUUGCCUGAAAUUCGAAAAUAGAUCUUAACUCGAUCUAGGCUUUCUUAAGAAAGUAAACUGCUGGGGCUAGACAGAAAAGGAAAAGCCAUUCUUCUUAGAAGCAUGACCAGGGCUUUAGAUCGUCGCAGAAUAACUUCGGGGUAUAAGUAAGAAGAGUCGAAAAGAGCCAUGAGCUAUUACAUGGAUGAAGGGUUGUCUCAUGUCAAAAGAAGUGAGCUCAUUCAGACAGGGAGGCUUAACAUUGAAAGCGGAUAUUUCUUUCGUUACGCGGACUCGAUUAGUCCGUUUUUCUAAGAGCAUGUGCUAUGCUAAUCUAUAUGCUAGCUAAGUCGGAAGUCAUUAAUGUAAUGAGUGGCUAAGUGCGCGAUGUGGCAAAGCAGCUACGUGAAGAGCAUUUAAUACAGGCGUGUACACCGGAUCUAAGGAUGCCCAGCCCAGGUCAAUUGAAUGUGCUGAUAAUGAAUUGACAUGGUGAAUUCUGUGGUUUCUGCCAGUUUUUAGUUUUUAUAUCAUUAUAGUACUUGGGUUUAUAUUAUCUACUUGGCAUAGAGCCUAAACCUGUUUUCUAUUUACUUUAGUGAGGGAAGCCGUAACUCGAUGUCCUGACUGUGCCAAGCGUCUAAUGUAAGGUAGUCCACUCGAUCGAAGGCUUCUAAUGCGGGUGAUUGAAGAGGCAAUUGCUGUUUUCUUUUUUUUUGCUGCUAAUGCUUCUCUUCUGAUAGAGCCUUUUAGUGGUUGCUUAUGUAGUUUCUGUCCUUUUAGAUCAGGUGAAAAGCUUAGCGGGGAUGAAUUGUUAUCUUUAUUGAGUUCUGUUAUCUCCUGGGGUAAGUCAGGACUAUAGUAAGAGUAAGGGGCGUACCGAUGCUUGAGUUAAUCGAUGAGCUAAGGCUGCUUAGACUUUUAGAGUUUAUCACUGACUAAGAUAUUGAUGUUGCUGAUUUCAUCCCGAGUUGAA